UGGUGUGCUGCUGCCCGCCUUUUGCCUUGGAGGCACCUAAACCAGCUGGCUGCUAGGGUUCCUUUCCUCCGUGAUGGGCAACGACCAGGCGCUAUUCUACAGCAGCUGAUGAUGGGGCAGCCAACAAGCAGCUGACAAGUGCCUGCUCUCACAACAGUGCUAGACACAAUGACCCAGAGACGAACCUGGCUGCUGCAUUCUGUACCAACUGCAGUUUCUGGACUACAGUUUCCAGCUGACUAAAGGCAGCCUCACAUUGAGUGCAUUGCAGUAGUCCAGCCUGCAGGUUACCAGCAUAUGUACCACCAUUCUGAGGAAUUCCAUGUCAGAAAGCACAAAGGAUGAAUAUGUCUUCAGCAGAUGUAUCGAAAGAGGACAUUAGGACCCAGGAGCAUAUCAUAUUGUGGCUCGCAUGGCCCCUAGCAGUCUUCAUUGUUUUGGCCAACAUUUUCAUCAUCCUUGGGAUCCUCUUCAACCGAAAGCUCCAUGGUUCCACCACCUGGUUCUUCCUGAGUCUACUUGUUGCUGAUCUUCUUGCUGGGUUAGUCCUUCCAUCAGUCCCUCAGCUGCUCCUCCUUAAGAAGAACUGGGCCUACCACGCUUGCUUCACAAGUUCUGUGGCACCGAACUUCAUCUUCCUCUCUUUCUUAGCCAACCUUCUGUUGAUGCAUUAUGCCAAGUACGUGUGCAUCAUCUACCCACUGCACUACCACAAUUUCUGGGUGCACCGUUGGGCUGCUCUCUACAUCUUCCUGGCCUGGACUGCUCCUUUGGUCUUUGCCUGCCUCCCAAUGGCUUUGAGCGAGUUGAAACCCGAUGGGAACUGCUCCCUCCAACUUGUCUUCCCCACCUCUUACCUUUACGUAGAGACCUAUGGGCUCCUUAUUCCAGCCAUCUUUGCUAUGGCCUUUAUGUGCACCCGGGUGCUGAUUGUGGCCCGGAGGCAGCUAAGGAACAUUAGAAAACUCCUUCAUUCAGUAAAUCAAAGCCAGGCCCCUUCAGAGCUACAGCAGCAGCUGGAACUACGGAAUGCUAAGGGUAUUGCCAGUGUAUCCCUCAUCUUCUUGGUCUGCUGGGUGCCAUAUAUUGCUUGCCUGAAUGUAUCAGUGCUAGCUAUAAGUCAAAAUAUCAGUCCCAGUCCACUCUUUCUCACAAUUGUCACCUGUCUAGGCACUGGCCCUGCAGCUGCAGUUCCCAUCAUCCUCAGCCUUAGCAAUCACCAGUACACCCAAUUCUGGAGGGACAAAGUCACCAAAGUCUGUGGGGGCUGCUGCCAAGGACAGGGCUGUAAGCAGCAGCAGCAGCAAACCAGCUUGCCAAAUACUGAUCUUUUUACCCCAGAGGAAGACCUAAAUGUGGAACUAGGCUGAGACCUUCUCAAGACAGAUAUCAAAGCAGCAGCAGCAGCAGCAGCAGCAAGCCAAGCCAGGAUGUGCUUGGUUUUCAGUAGUUUAAGGUAGACCUCUGAGAGGAGUAUGUGCAAUUAUCAAAAACACAUAAGGGCUAACCAGUCACUUUCUUCCUAAUUCUCACUGGCCUGAAGAUAGUCUAAUUUCUUGCCCACUCUUUGAUGCUCUCUGAUUAGACUGUGAAUUUUCCAUGAUUAAACAUUGCUAUUUCCUAUUAUUAAA